CACAUAAUCAAUACAUAUAAUGAAUAUUGACGAUAUCUUCAAGAUCCCAGCUAUUCCAGCCGGUCGUAACAAACGAAAGAUGCCAGAGACACCUUCUGUAGAUUUCUUUGACAAAUACAAGGAUAGUUCGGAAAUGGCUGAGCCUUCACAGAAACGACAACACAUGGAAGUAGAGCAACAAGAAGAGGAAGAAGUUUUUGAGCAGGACGACGAAGAAGGGGGUCGCUUCUUUGGUGGUGGUUUGACCAGUGAGCAGCACGAUAUCUUGGAUCUCGUUGACCAGUACGAUGCCGAAGAGGCAGAGACACUGGAUGCCAGUACAGUGAAAAAGAUGAUUUUGAAAUUUGAAAAGGCCAUCAACAAAAAUCAGGAAAUGCGCGUUCGAUAUGCUGAUCAGCCUGAAAAGUUUAUGGAAUCAGAGGCUGACUUGGAUGAGGAAAUCAAAAACUUGUUGGCAUUGACUGAGGCUCCUGAGCUGUACACAGAGCUAAUUCAACUUGGCACGGUCACUUCGCUUCUGUCGUUACUUAGUCAUGACAAUACGGAUAUUACAAUUGAUACGAUUGAUGUGAUUAACGAGUUGAUUGAUGAGGAUGUAGGAACAACAGAGGACCAGUUGGAACGUUCAGAACAGGUUCAAAGCGCGAUUAAAGCCCUAGUUGAAUCCAUGUUGGAAAACGAAAUGCUUCAAUUGCUCGUACAAAACUUGAAUCGAUUGGAUGAGAAGGAAGAAGCAGAUCGACAGGGCGUGUUCAAGGUAUUGGGCAUCUUUGAAAGUAUCGUGUCUUUAGAUCCAAAAUAUGCAGAAAACAUUGCAUUAAAGACAGAGGCGUUGGCUUGGUUACUGAACAGAAUCCAAAACAAGAGUUUUGAUGCCAAUAUAGCUUAUGCUAGUGAAAUAUUGUCAAUUCUUUUACAAGACAGCAGAGAUAUUCGUCUGAAAGUCGGUGAAUUAGAUGGCGUUGAUAUACUUCUAAGAGCUCUUUCGGCUUAUAGAAAAAAAGAUGCCUCUUCUGAAGAUGAGUCAGAGAUGGUAGAAAACUUUUUCAAUUCACUAUGCUCGCUCUUGAACGAACCAGAAAACAAGAAUCGGUUCUUGGAUUCUGAAGGCAUUGAGCUAAUGGUCAUCAUGUUAAAAGAAAAAACACUGUCUCGCAUUCGUGCGGUCAAGGUUCUUAAUUAUGCACUCAGUGGUGAAAAUGGCCGAGAAAGAUGUAUGCGAUUUGUCGAGGUCUCAGGAUUGAAAUACCUAUUCCCCCUGUUUAUGGGCAAGGGAAAUAAAAAGCUAAAGAAGACGCACCAUAGUGCUUUUAGCGAAUCAGAAGAUGAAGAGCAUAUUACUUGUAUCAUUUUAUCAUUACUGCGAAACUUGGCACAUGGUGAUGUGCAAAGAAUGCGAGUCGUGUUGAAAUUCACUGAAGACGAUUACGAAAAAGUAGACCGUCUGAUCGAAAUGAAAGAUCAGUAUGAAAAAAGAGACAACCAAGUCAGAGAAGACCUCGAACAUGCUAAAAAGACACUAAGUGAAGAAGAUUAUGAAGAAUUUGAGGCCGAUUUCUAUAUUAGACGUUUAGAUGCUGGCUUAUUUACCCUUCAGCGUGUUUGUUUGCUCAUUGCAGCCUUGAGCGAGGAAUCAGAAGGUGUUCGUGAAAAGGCUCAAAUGCUGUUGAAACGUAACGGACAAGAUAUGCUCAGUGUAUUUAAGAUUAUUGAAGAAGAAACGGCGCUUAUGGCCGAUUUUAUUCAUUUACGUAAUAUGGCUAAAGGUACCGAUGCUGCGACAGACACAAAAGAGACAGAGUGAAUUGGUAAAGGUGAAUAAAAAAGAUUUGCAUAUACAUCCACUGUGUCUCUAUGUAUAGACGUUUUUUAUACCUGUUUUAUCGACUUGACACAAAUAAAGUAAUCCAGUAUUGAAAAUGAGCAAAGUAGCCCUUUCUUAUUCAUCAGAUAUUUCACAUUGACAUGGUCAAACUUAGUACUUUAGCCUAAUUAAAGACUACGCUUUGUCAUUCUUUAUUUCAGGAAAAAACG